GCGGCGUGACGCGCCAGGGCUGCCGGGAGCCCACCACUGCGAGGCCUUUCGCCUUGGGGACGGUGCCUCGCAAGGCCUUCUUACCCACUUCGGGGUGUGCUGUAACCUGCGCCGAAGGUCUCUGAGCGGCCGCUAUGGGGGAGGGGAGAGGUGAAAACUUCGACGGUGUGAGCACCGACCGCCUUAAGCUGGAGUUGCUGGAAGAAAUCCACAUGAAGGAUAUUGUGCAACUCUCAAUGCUUGAAAUAAGACACAAGAUAGCAGAACUGGAAGCCAAACUCAAGGGUGACGAUGAAGAUGAGAAGUUGUGGCAUAAAAAAGGUGGUGAAUGGAAAAUCCGUUAUGAGACACAACUUGAACUAAAUGAUCAGCUAGAAAAACAAAUUGUUUCUCUGGAAGACAAAAUGGAAAAAAUCCGUGGAAAUCCUUCAGAUAGACUGUUUUCUAUUCGUGCCUAUGAACGAAUGCCAGUGGAAUCUUUAAAUACAUUACUUAAACAGCUAGAAAAGCAAAAAAGGAGUCUUGAGAAUCAAGUCAAAGACUAUGCACUUAAAUUGGAACAAGAAUCAAAGGCUUACCACAGGACCAACAGUGAACUCCAAAUAUACCUUGCUGAGAUGUCUCAGGCCUCAGGCUCACAUCAGGUUUCUAAAAGGCAACAACACAUGGAGCAACUGCCGAAAAUGAAGGAGAAUCUAGUGAAAAUGGGAAGAUUUAAUCCAGUUCACCAGAAGAUAGCGAAUGCCAAGAGAGGACCAGUAAAAAAGGUUACAAGAUCAAACCAUCUUCCAAAACUCAAUCCAUGAUUCCAGAACUAGGCGGAUAUCUAUUUCUUCCCCUCUUUUCACUAUUUAGAAUAUUCAGCUUGUUAAGCUAAAGUUAAACACAUUUUGUUUUUCAGGGAAUGAAAUAGAUAAGAAAGAACUGUGAAACUUCUCUUUAGCUGUCCCUCCAGUUUGUUCCUUUGUCUGCAUGAAAGUAAUUUCCCUAUGACCUUAAAACAGUUAAAGGAAAUACUUGUGAUUUAAUAUCCUAGAAUAUCUGUAGGUUGACAUCAUUACAGUUGGCCUUUAAUAAUAUAUCUAUGAUCUACUGUAAUAGUAACAUUGCUAUUAUAUCUGGCUAUUAGCUGAAAUGUGAAUUUAUAGAACUUUUUGCUACUUUAAACUAUCAUGAUUAGUGUUUUAAGCCCUAGGUUUAACAAAUGCAUUUUUAUGCAUCUAAAUGCAUAAAAAUGAUUCAAAAUAUCAUGGUAUCAUAGAAACAUCCUUCAAUUGUGAAUUAGCCUAUUUAUAGCCCAGUUCCUGUUGAUAGUCUAGCCCCUUGCCCUGAAUUUAGGAGAUCUUUAUUACAUCUUUCAUCUUGUCUUAAUUUUCCAUACUUGCAAAACGACUCAAGUAAAAUUUAUUACCAGUCUAGAAAAAUCAAUAUUUAUUCAUUCUAUCAGAGUCUUGCCACUUAGCAAAUGAUGAUUUAAAUCAUUUUUUUGAUGUUUAUUAUCUCACAAUGAUAGCCUAAUUCAUUGGAGCAAACUUUGCAUGUGUUCAAAAUAUUUAAAUCUGGAAGUGGAGAUAGAUCGAGGACAAGAGAAGGCAUUUAUAAUUUUUUUAAAAUAUCCAACUUAUGUUUAGAUUAUUUUUGUCAUUAAGACAUUUUUAUGUCAUCUGAGUCUACAACACACCUAUACUUUAUUUGCGUACUUUAAUAAGUUUUAAGUUUUAAUUCACUUUAAUAAGUGAAAUUUUUAUAUUUCCAGAAGUCACCCAGAGGUAAGUAGAGUUUCCAGAUAAUGGUGUUUCCACCUUCUAUCUGGCACUAAACUUAGUUCUCUUCAGUAUCACCAGUAAUGAUUAUCAAAUGCAUUUCUAAAGCUACCUCUACAUAUGUUUAUUUCUUUAUGAACAGAUGCAUGCAUUUCAUAAGGCCAAAUAAUUCUUUUAUGAAUUUAAAAUGUAAUACAGAAAAUAUAAAGUAAUUUCCUUUAAGUUAUUCUACAUUGAAACUAUAAGUAUUUGGAAAUAUUUUCUGUUUGUAAGCUAACUACAGAUAUCUGGUACUAUGACCCAUAUUGCUAGAUAAGUACUAGAUUUUUAUGUCUUAUAUCAUCUUUCUUAGCAUUAGCAGUCAAUUGAUAAUGUAAACACCAAUGAUAAUUAUGAAUAUCAAUGAAAAAUAAACAAGUUUGUUUCCUUAAAUAUAGAGCUAAGCUAUUUUGGGGAUUGGACUAAAGAACCUUGAAGAUGAUCUCAGUCACUGAGAUGGCAUAUUAGUGGACCAUCUUAAGAGGAGAGUCAUGCUUAAUAGUUCUGCAGAAGCUAUUUUGGGAUACUUCCAGAUGUCAGAAAAUGUCUGUCUUAAACAGAAUGAUGGAAUGUUGGUGAUAUAUAGUUCAAAGAACUGAAAUAGAGGACUCUUAAAGAUUUGUAUUCUAAUAUCAGUUUUGCCACCUUUAAAUUUCUGACAUUGAGUAAAUCACUUUUCUUUGCCUCAGUUUUAUCAGUUAUAUAGUUGGGAAUAUUUAUUCUAACAACUGCCUUGGGAUUGCUUUGCAGAUUAAAUAUAUUUAUCACAUAUUUAUUUUCUUCCUUUUAUUUGUUUCCUUCUAGAAACAAUGUUAAUUAGCAUUUACUAGAUACAGAGAUAAAAGAACAACAUCCACAAAACAAAAGAUGAAAAUAAAAGUUAAAGUUUUGCAAGAAUUACCAACUAAGAAAAGCUCUAGCUUUAAGUUUUCUAUCAGUCAAUGCAAAGAAGGAAUCAGUUAUAUAGUUCUUUUUUAAAUUUUUUGACAGGCAAAGUGGACAGUGAGAGAGAGAGAGACAGAGAGAAAGGUCUUCCUUUUUGCCGUUGGUUCACCCUCCAAUGGCCGCCAUGGCCAGCGCACCGCGCUGAUCCGAUGGCAGGAUCCAGGUACUUCUCCUGGUCUCCCAUGGGGUGCAGGGCCCAAGCACUUAGGCCAUCCUCCACUGCACUCCCGGGCCACAGCAGAGAGCUGGCCUGGAAGAGGGGCAACCGGGACAGAAUCUGGCGCCCCGACCGGGACUAGAACCCGGUGUGCCAGUGCCACAAGGCAGAGGAUUAGCUAAGUGAGCCGCGGCGCCAGCCUAGUUAUAUAGUUCUAAUUUUUUUGUGCAAGGAGUAUUAAAGUAGAAAAAAGUUUUGCCUUGUCCUAAGCCUGGAAAGUAAUGAUUUUCUUUUUUAAGAAAAUUCAAUUAUUUACUAGAAUAGUUAGUGCAAAAAUGACGGUAGAGUCUUUAUCUCAUUUUAUAUUCAAAUAUCUAUUAAUAUGAAUACUUGUGUUUUUAUUGGAGUGUACAGAAUCUAUACAGCAAAAGUUCAGUAAAAUACUAUUUAGCAAAAUAAUAUUUAAUUACUUCAAAUAAUUAAUAAUUGUUGGCAAGGAUGUGGACAAAUAGGAACCCUCAUACAUUUCUGGUAGGUAUGUAAAAUGGUACAGUCACUUGGGAAAACCUGUCACUUCCUCUUACCAUAUGACCCAGCAGUUCCAUUCCUACGUAUACACUCAAGAGAAAUGGAAGACUAUCUCUGUAUAAAAAUAGGUACAUGAAUGUUUAUAAUACCAUUAUUCAUAAUAGCCAGAAAAUGGAAACUGAUGAAUGGAUAAACAACAUACAGUUUAUUCAAACAAUGGGUACUAUAUAGCAAUAAGAAGCACUGAAGUACUGAUAUAUGCUAAACAAUACAUAAACUUUGAAAACGUUCUUAAUGAAAGAAUCAGAUCACAAAAGUCCACAUAUUGUGUGAUUCCAUUUAUAGGAAAUGUUCAAAACAGGCAAAUUCAUAAAUUCAUAGAGAUUAAUAAAGUAGAAGCUAGGGUUCAUGGGAGGGUCAAUGGUGAGGAGUGACAUUGAUAUUGGGUACAGGGUUUCUUUGUGAUGAAAUUUUUUUAAGAUUUAUUUAUUUAUUUGAAAGGCAGAGUUACGGAGGGUCAGAGGCAGAGAGAGAGAAAAAUAGUGUGUUUGACAGAGAGAUAUUCCAUCCACUGGUGUACUCCCCAAAUGACUGCAACAGCCAGGGCUGGACUAGGCAGAAGCCAGGAGCCAGGAGCUUCCUCUGGGUCUCCCAUGUGAGUGCAGGGGCCCAUGCACUUGGGCUAUCUUCUGCUGCUUUCCCAGAUUGUAUUAGUGGGGAGCUAGAUUGUAAGUGGCACAGCCAGGACUCGAACUGGAGCCCGUAUGGGGUGCUGGUGUUUCAGGUGGUAUGCCACAGCACUGGCCCCUGAAAAUGUUUAAAAAUUGAUUGUAGUGACAGUUGCACAACUCUGUGAAUAUACUAAAAUUCAUUGAAUUGUAUACUUUAAGUGUGAUAAUUGUGGAGUUAUAUCAUUAUUGAGAAUAGGACACUUUUUAUAACAAAUUAAUAUUCAAGUAUCAAUUUAAAAAUAUUGAAUUUAUAGAAUCCUUUUACCUUUAUCUAAACAUUUUCAUUUUUACUAUUUCAGUUACAGGAAAAUUGUUAUUAUCUGGAGAACUCUCCAUAAAGUUUGUCAUCAGUAGAAUUCCUUAAGCAGUCUAUGCGAUCCUUUUUCAGGGAUAUUAUAGAAAGGGUUCCUAUAAUGGUGAAAGUUUGAAUACGAUAACUCAGUAUCGGUUUUUUUUUUUUUUUUAGAUGUAUUUAGUUGAGAGGCAGAAUUUCAGAGAAAGCAAGAGGAGAGAAAGAGAGAGAUGUCUUCUAUCUGCUGGUUCAGUCCCCAAAUGGCCAGAGCUGGGCUGAUCUGAAGACAGGAGCCAGGAACUUCUUCUGGGUCUCUCACAUGGGUGCAGGGGUCCAAGCACUUGGGUCAUCUUCUAUUGCUUUCUGACUUGAACUGGUACCCAUGUGGAAUGCCAGUGCUGCAGGCAGAGGUUAGCCUACUAUACCACAUUGUCAGCCCCUCAGUAUCCCUUUUGAUGCUAUUUGGAUUUUGUCAUUCCUUGAUCAUUUAUCAGAUAACAAAACUGAGCCAAAAACAAUUCCCUAAAAUAUAUGUUGAAUGUGUUAUAUAGGCAAUAUAUUUAUAAGUCAUAAAUACUUGACUAGAAUUUCAAAAACAUCAUUGUUGUACCAGUAUCCAAAAACUAACAAAAUCAGGUUCAAUAUUAUUAAUGGCCAUUUGUUAAAUGUAAGCCAAAUUAGGUACCAUUUUUCAUCUGUAAAAUAAAGUUGUUUUCAAAAAGAUAAUUUUCAAAUGUGAACAACUCUGAAGUUUAAAAAUAGUUCUAAUAUUCUGCAUGUGGAAGAAUAAAUUAGUAUAAUUUAUUUGGAAAACAGUGUUCAUAUUAUCAAAUAAAUUUAAUGUUCAUUUAUCAACUGAAUUAUACCUCUAGUUAUCUACCCAAAUGAGGAAUCCUGCAUGUAGAAAACACAGGACAAGCAGUUUAACAGCACUAUUUACAGCAUCAAAAAUAUAGGUUUCCUCACUGGAAAAUUAUAGGGAAAUGCUUAUGUGAAUGGAGAUUCAUCCACAUGUUGACUACUAUGCAGCAAUUAACUUUUGAUAAAUCAAAAUUCUCUUCUUCCAAGUGUUUCCUGUAUUCUGAAGCUUAUUGGUGUUAUUUAUCUCUAGCAUUUUAAUUUAAUAAACAGCUAUAUUCAUCAUCUGUCACUAGCUAGCUUAGUACCCAGCAGAUGACAGGCACCUACUACAUUUUGUUUAACUUAAAUAUAUGUUUGUAGAUUUUAUGUCACAGGAGAAUCUGAUAUUAGAUUGAUACAAAGUUCUUCAUACAUAUAUUUUUAAGUAUUUAAAGAUAUCAAUAGGGGGAGCCUACAGAAAGGGAACUUUGGUUCACUGAUAAUACCAAAAGAUAUAGUUCUUCAAUAUACACAAUUUCUUGUUUCACUCAACUAUUGUCCAGAAAUAGGGAGAGAGGGAGAGGAAUAAGACUUGUGGAACAGAAAAAUGCAACAUGUUUUAGCAAGCUGUGUACCUCAGGGAAGCUUACUGAGCUUUCCUGUCUGUAGAAUGAUUUAAAGAUACCUAUGUGUAUGUUUGAAAGGGUAGUGUGGGAGGGAGUUUUAUUGAAAAUAACCUGAUAUCUUAAUGUAGUAAAGAUAAGCAAUAGGAAUCACAGAACACCAAAAAGAACCUAGAAAAUAUAUAUUGACAGGGCCGGUGUUGUGGUAUAGCCAGUAAAGCUGCUGCCUAUGGUGCUGGCAUCCCAUAUGGGCAUUGGUUCGUGUCUUUGCUGCUCCACUUCCAAUCCAGGCCCUGCUAAUGUUCCUGGGAAAGCAGCAGAAGAUGGCCCAAGUGCUUGGAACCCUGUACCCACUUGGGAGACCUGGAAGAAGCUCCUGGCUCCUGAGUUUGGCCUGACCCUGCCCUGUCCACAGUGGCUGUUUGGGGAGUGCACCAAUGGAUGGAAGAUCUUUCUCUCCUUUUCUAUCAGUAACUCUUUCAAAUACAUAUUUUUUUAAAUAAAGGUUUAUUUAUUAAUUUAUUUGAAAAGCAGAGUGAGGGGGAGAGAGAGAGAGAGAGAGAGAGAGAGAGAGAGGGAGAGAAACAGAGGUCUUUCAUCUACUAGGGCUGGGCCAGGCUGAAGCCAAGAGUACAGAACUCCAUCUCAAUCUCGCACAUGCGUGGCAGAGACCCAGUAAUUUGGACCAUCAUCUGCAGUUCCUACAGGCACUAGCAGGAAGCUGGACAGGAAACAGAAUACCCAGGACUUGAACUGGCACUCUGAUACGGGAUAUUGUUCCAAGUGGCAACUUAACCCACUACACUGCAACACUUGCCCCUAAAAAUCAUUUUCUGCUUCUUGUUAUAGCUCUGAUUUUAUUAUUGGACGCUGGACUUUGGUGAUUUCAAUUGUUUGUUAUAGAUUUUGUUGUGCUUGUCUUAUAAGCAGUUAAGUUACUUGCAGUUUAGUUUAAUCUUUAUAAGCCUUUGUUAGGAUGGAUAUAGAGUAACCUUUUCCCAAGAGAUAGUUUAGCCUCAUUACUAAGACUAGUUAAUAUGAGAUCUCCAUUUAGUGGUGUGAUUGAUCAAUGAGGAUGCUCUGUCUAUUUGGGGUCAAAUGCUUCUAAGCUUUUGUGGGUCAUUUGCUUGAUCUUAGCAUUUCCUUCUAAGCUCCUGGCCCUUCAUGUUCAGACAGGGGGCUCUUACGCAGAUUUCUAGAAUCUUGUUUUGUAUAACUCCUUCCUUUCUGACACUUUGCUCUGCAACUUCUAGCCACUGUAGCCUCCCUGAACUCCAGCCUCUGCCUCCUCAACUAUGUUAAACUGCCAUGCUUUGCUUGGGAUUUCCCUUCCUCUUCUGAUAUCUUUAAUGUAACUUCAGGCAGAAACAUUGAGCAAUGCUAGGGCUCACUUUCUCUCAGGAAUCACAGCCUUGUGGUAUAUGUUGCUCAAUGUCUGAAUUCAAUUACUUAAUCUUUUUAUCUGUUUUCUAUUUUUUCACAACAAGUGAGUGCUAAAAGAAAAAUGGAGACCAGUUCAAUUUUUUUUUAAAGAUUUAUUUAUUUGAUAGGCAGAGUUACAGACAGAAAGAGGAAGAGACAGAGAGGUCUUCCAUCCGCUGGUUCAUUCCCCAAAUGGCUGCAAUAGCUGAGCUGGGCCAAUCAGAAGCCAGGAACCAGGAUCUUCUUCCAGGUCUCCCACACAGGUGCAGGAGCCCAAGCACUUGGGCCAUCUUCCACUGCUUUCCCAAGCCAUCAGCAGGGAGCUGGAUCAGAAAUGAAGCAGCCAGGUCUUGAACUGGUGCCAAUAUGGGUUGCCAACAACGCAGGUGGAGGCUUAACCUACUAUGUCACAGUUCCAGCCCCAGACCAGUUCAGUUUAGCAAGAAAGUUUCUAGAAUCAGGCAGCUUUCUAGGCUGAAGAUGGUUUAGCAGGUCCCAUUUCCUUACAAAAUGGUGAGCUAUUUUUAUAGAUAAAAAAAUAGGAAAUGACAUACAGAGAUUACUUGAUUGAUAAAGUCUGGCCUUUGCCUUAUUUGGGUAUAAUUUGGCAACCUUCAGUCUGUGAUUGGCUGAGAUUAUGCUGCUUAACCACAAGAAUAUUCUCUUAGAUUAGGUUACAACCUGCUAGCACAUCAAGCCAGCUGCAUAGUUCACUAUAAACAGAGGCUCCAUUAGACUAACUCAAUUAUUCAGGUAGGAGGCUGGUUGAGGCCAAUGUAUUUCUGUCCAAAAAGGGGAAGAUUUGUUCCUGUUACUCAUUAAAGGCCAGAAGCAAAACAUCCAUCCUUUUAAUCAAAACCAAACCACCAACAAAAACAAAGAAAAUCUCUUAAAAUCCAAUGUAAAAAUCCAUUUUGCUUUUCAUCUAUAACAUAUGUAUAUUAUCACCUAAAUAUGUUUUUGUCACCUCAAUUACUGGAAUUUAUGCUGGAUAAAAUGUCUGGGUGGGGCUUUGUUUUAUCUUCCUUGGUGAGGAGGUGAGUUUAUUCUGGCAAGGAAAGACUAAAGGUAUUUAGUGAUCAAAUCAAUAGAUGGGACAAAGCCUGCUGAAUACUCAAUAGACUCAUUCUUUUUUCUGUGGAGCACACAAAUGAGGCUGCAUUCACACAUGAAAUACUUGGUCACUGUGUAGUGUAUGCGCUACUUUGUUUAGUGAGAUAUGUGUGAAACUGUUGAGUUGUGUGUGGUUUGUAUACAGCUAUGUUUAGAUAUAUAGAUAGGAAACACUGUGUGUGGCUAGAUGUGACCCUGUGACUGACUUCAGGGCAAUACAACCUAUGCAUAUGUGAUGUAUAUAAUUUCUGUGAUCUCGCAGGUGAUCCUUAUUGGUUGUACUUAAAAAA